AGUUGAGGGUGAAUAUACAAAAUUACAAAUACACAAACUAAUUUAUACACACUCCCAGUUUCACCUCUGCCUCCUCCAUUCCAUUCCUCCUCUAGGUUUGUUUGUUUCACAAUUACAAUCACAAUUCCAAUUCAACUCAAUCAAUCUCCCAAUCCUCCUCCUAGACAUACAAUCCCCCGAUCUUCUUCGCCAGUCUGACUGAAUGCUCAAGGCAUCAUUCUGCAAAUUUUGUUCUGAUUAGGAUGACCAGAUCUAGCCAGAAAAAGGAGAAAUAUGGUGAGAGUAGUAAGCUGUCGGAAGAUAACUCCACCACUGGAACUGCUGCAAGAACAAGGCCUUUCAGUUUUGAUGAGAUAAUGCUCCAAAGAAAACACAAGAAACAACCUGCAGAUUAUAAAGAGGUUAUUGGAGGAAAACUAUCUGGGGAGAACAUUAAUGAGAAAGUUCCCGAUGCUGUCGAAUCUUACCAAAAAAGAAACAAGGAUUCGUUACAUGAUGAUGAAAAGCAUGCUUUUGAGGAUUCUAUGGAUUUGAAAUCUCGAAACUAUGACGAAUUUAAAUUGUUUAAUGUGAAUGACAGAGAAAGUCAGAGGUCUGAAAGAAAAUCAAAGAUUUCACCAAAGAGAAGUAGCGUUGUUGAUAGAGCUAAGAGAGGCGAGAUUGAUGAACAGGAUUAUGAAAAGAGAAGAAGUAACAGGUAUAAUGAUCCCGUAAAGGGAUCUGAGAGGUGGAAUUCAAGACAUUAUAUUACGGAGGACAUAUUUGCAGACAGAUAUAGAGGUAACACAGAACAAGAAGGUAAAACGAAACGGCGGAAGGAAGAUGACAGAAAAGAUAAAGACAGAAAUGCAGUUAAAAAGCAUGAUUCAUAUAAAGGGCGUGAACCUGAAUCUAAAGAGAAAAGGGAAAAGAAGGAAACAUCGAAAAGUCAUAAUGAGGAUUCUCGACUGAAAAGGAGGCGAUCAAGAAGUAGAGAGCGUGCUAAUGAUACUGGUAGAAGGUCUAUGUCACUUUCACCAAGGGCGCACAAAGUCAAACACGUGUCUCAUGCUGUGCGCCACCAUGAAGAGUUGUCUGGGCAUUCAUUUAAAAAUAGGCGUAAAAGAUCUAAUCCAGAUUUCAAUAUUCCUGAACCAAAAGAGAGAAGAGAAAAUAAGGAACUAGAAGUUCUCAAUGACGACUCUCGACUGAAAAAAAGGCGGUCAAGAAGUAGGGAGCGCACUAAAGAUACUGGUAGAAGGUCUAUCUCACUUUCUCCAAGAGCGUACAAACAUGCGUCUCAUGCUGUGGAGGACCACAGAGAGUUGUCUGCACAAUCUUCUAAAGACAGGUCUGGAAGAUCUAAUGCCGAUUUUGAGAGUGCUGGACUGUCUAGUAAUGGUUUUAGUGGUCACCAUCGCCGUUAUGGUAAUUCAGCAAGUAAGCUGGGCGGGUAUUCUCCUAGAAAGAGAAGAACAGAGUCUGCUGCUAAAACUCCUUCCCCAACCAUUCGCUCUCCUGAGAAGAGAAGUGCUGGGUGGGAUCACCCGCCUUCUAAAUCAGAAAUCAGUUUUAAUGGGUCCGUUUUUUCCAAUUUGCAGUCGUCUGCCCAGAUUGUAACAGCUAAUGUAUCUCAUGUCUCCAUGACUCUUCCUGGUACUUCAAUUACAGCCAUGACUGGUGCUGGGGUUAUGUCCACUGCUUCAUCUCCAAGAGUGGACACUUCUUUGGACUCCAUUCAGCUAACACAAGCUACCCGGCCUUCGAGGAGGCUAUAUGUAGAAAACUUGCCAACUGCAACCUCUGAGGAAUCAAUAAUAAAAUGCAUAAAUAACUUUAUCCUCUCCUCUGGUGGCCACCAUGUUCAAGGAACUCAUCCUUGUAUAAGCUGUAUUAUAAACAAGGAGAAAAACCAAGCGCUUGUGGAAUUUCUCACACCGGAGGAUGCUUCUGCAGCUCUAUAUCUCGAAGGCAGAACUUUUGAAGGCUCUAUUCUCAAAGUCAGGCGACCAAAAGAUUAUUUUGAUGCAAGUACCGGCAUUCCCAGGAAAUCUGUGUCGGAGGUUGGUUUGAUCAGCAAGACUGUCGCGGAUUCUCCACAUAAGAUUUUUAUUGGCGGGAUUUCAAAAGCCAUUUCAUUCGACAUGCUUAUGGAAAUUGCUUCCAUCUUUGGACCUCUGAGGGCCUACCGGUAUGAGGUUAAUACAGAUAUCAACGAACCAUGCGUAUUUCUUGAGUAUGUUGACCAAUCUAUGACCAAAAAGGCAUGUGCUGGACUGAAUGGUAUGAAGUUGGGUGGGAAAGUUCUUACGGUGGUCCAAGCUAUGCAAAAUGCUUCACUAAUUGCAAAUGAUGAAACUUCACCUUCCUAUAAUAUUCCUUUGCAUGCAAAGCCACUUCUGGAAGAGCCUGCUCAUGUUCUGAAGCUGAAAAAUGUGAUUGAUCCACAGUACGUCUCACUAAUCUCUGAGUUAGAACUCGAAGAAAUGAUAGAAGAUAUACGACUAGAGUGUGCCAGGUUUGGCACUGUUGUAUCUGUAAAUGUUGUAAAGGUUCAGAACCUUAUUAUCGCUCAAGAAACUAAUGAAGUUGAAGGUAUUGUUUCUGCGAUGGAUGAGGCUGACCAGGAGUAUGAUGAUACCAAGACAAGAACAGAACUUCAGCCAGAUUUAGAUCAUUCUGUCUUGGGAGAUAUUGGUAGUACAGAGCCUUCAGACAGCCACAAGUUUGAAGAAAAUGUGGAUGCAGAUGUUCACAGCAGUUACGAUGAUCAAAUAAAUACGGUGGAGCUAUCAAGCAGGGUCUGUAAACCUGAAGAUGGUGUGGAGGCUAUUGAAACUAACAGCAUAUCUGAAGAUAAACUGACGGACAAUUCAGGAAAAGAUCAAGUACAUCAACUAAUGCAAGAAAGAAGUGCCAAGUUGGCUGAGGAGUCUGCCCCUGAGGAAGGUUCUGACAUUUUGAUGAAAGUAUCUAACCAGCUGCAUGUCUGUGUAGAUAGGACAGAAAUUCCUGAUGACCCUUUGAAGGAUACUAGUCAAGAAGAGGGCUCUCGGGUUGAAAACAAAUUUUCAAUUAAACAAGAGAAGGAAAACUCAAUAUUAGGCAGGGAUUCCUAUGAGUUAGAUUAUAGUUCAAGUAAAGAGCUGGAUGGUAGAGAGAACGAAGGAAAAAAAGAGCAAGAAUAUGAUCAAGGGAAUGUUUUUGAGCCUGGUUGUGUAUUAGUGGAGUUUAGAAGAACCGAAGCAUCAUGCAUGGCAGCACACUGUUUGCAUGGACGUUUGUUUGAUGACCGUGUGGUGACUGUGAGCUAUGUAGAUUUUGACUUGUACCGGAGCAGAUUUCCUAAAUGACUUUAUUGCUAUGGAUAUCGUAGCUAUUAGUGAAUCUGCGGCAGUUUAGCCUUUCCUGACAUUAGCAAAAUGUCUGGGUACUUCAUACAUUCCAUAUGGAUCUGACAUAUAUUCAUAUACUUGAGGAAAUACAUUGAAUUCCUUUGUUUAUUGUCA